AUGAGCAGUGCAUCGCCAGAAGUGGGUCCUUCCCAGGACAUUUUCACUUCCAAAAGUGUGUCUGAAGACCAGGGAUCGCACAACUCGAACGUGAUGAACGCUCCAGAGCCUAAGGCGAACAGAGUGGAUUCUCACGACGAAAUCGACGAACUGAAAAAGGACGCCGAAGAACAGCUGGCCAACAAAGGCAAAGGUGACUUUGCCUUUGUUUCCAUCUGCUGCAUCAUGGUUGCCUUUGGUGGUUUCGUUUUCGGCUGGGAUACCGGUACCAUUUCCGGUUUCGUCCAGCAAAAGGACUUCAUCCGCAGAUUUGGCCAGAAGAAAAGCAAUGGUGAUCACUACUUGUCCAACGUUAGAACCGGUUUGAUCGUUUCUAUCUUCAACAUUGGUUGUGCCAUUGGUGGUAUCGCCUUGGGUAAGCUUGGUGAGGUGUACGGGCGUCGUCUUGGUCUAUCGGCUGUGGUCGUUAUCUACGCUGUAGGUAUCAUCAUCCAGAUCGCUUCCAUCGACAAAUGGUACCAGUACUUCAUUGGUAGAAUCAUCUCCGGUCUCGGUGUUGGUGCCAUCACCAUCUUGUCGCCCAUGUUGAUUUCCGAGGUUGCUCCUAAGCAUUUGAGAGGUACCCUGGUGUCGUGCUACCAGUUUAUGGUCACGGGUGGUAUCUUCUUGGGUUACUGCACCAACUUUGGUACUAAAAACUACUCCAACUCUGUCCAAUGGAGAGUCCCUCUAGGUCUAUGUUUCGCCUGGGCUCUAUUCAUGAUUGGUGGUAUGUCUUUUGUUCCAGAAUCUCCUCGUUACUUGGUGGAAUACGGUAGACUCGAAGAAGCCAGACGCUCUUUGGCUCGUGUUAACAAGGCCCAGAUGGAAGACGCUGUUGUCACUCUUGAAUUGGAACAAAUCGAAGCCAGUGUUGAAGCCGAAAAAAUGGCCGGUGAAGCUCACUGGAUGGAAUUGAUCACCGGUAAGCCUCAAAUGUUGAAACGUACUCUCAACGGUAUCGUCAUCAUGUCUCUACAACAAUUGACUGGUGACAACUACUUCUUUUACUACGGUACUACUAUUUUCCAAGCUGUUGGUAUGACUGACUCGUUUGAAACUGCUAUUGUCUUUGGUGUUGUCAACUUCUUCUGUACCUCUCUAUCGUUGUACACUGUUGACAGAUUCGGUCGUCGUAACUGUUUGAUUUACGGUGCUAUUGGUAUGGUGGCAUGUUACGUUGUCUACGCUUCUGUCGGUGUUACAAGGUUAUACCCUGACGGUGCCAACAACAAGAGUGUCACUUCCAAGGGUGCUGGUAACUGUUUGAUUGUCUUCGCGUGUUUCUACAUUUUCUGUUUCGCCACCACCUGGGCUCCAAUUGCCUACGUCUUGAUCUCCGAAACAUACCCAUUGAGAGUCAAGGGUAAGGCCAUGUCUAUUGCCUCCGCCUCUAACUGGAUCUGGGGAUUUUUGAUCUCUUUCUUCACUCCAUUCAUCACCACUGCCAUCAACUUCUACUAUGGUUACGUUUUCAUGGGAUGUAUGUUGUUCUCGGUUUUCUAUGUGUUCUUCUUCAUUCCUGAGACCAAGGGUUUGACUCUAGAAGAAGUUAACGAAAUGUACCAAGAAGGUGUUUUGCCAUGGAGAUCCGCCAACUGGGUUCCUGCCUCUAGAAGAGGUGCUGACUACCAUGCUGAGGAUUUGCAAAACGAUGACAUGAACUUGCCAUGGUACAAGAGAUACUUCUAA